AUGGUAAGUGAGGUCCAUUCUUCUUUGGCGUUCGCGCUCUGCUCAUCGAACUUGCACCUCUCACUCCCACGCAUGCACACGCACUGUUCGCCAACAGUUUCGAAAGUAAGUGACGGCACAGAGGCUCGCUUUCCGGUCAGAGCAAAGCUGACAGGUGCUGCACACGCUCUGGCAGCUCAUACGAUUCCGACAACACCGUCUGUGAGUAGUGUCGGAGUGCGUGCGACGUCGCAUGUCCAGGAGGCUGACAAUCUUGUCGUACAGUCUCACCGCAGGGUCGUUUGCAUCAGGUAGAGUAUGCGCAGGAGGCGGUCAAGCAGGGAUCAGCAGUCGUCGGACUGAGGAGCAAGACUCAUGCUGUUCUCGUGGCUCUCAAGAGAGCGCCUUCGGAGCUGGCUAGCCAUCAGAAUAAGAUGCUCAGGGUGGACAAUCACGUCGGAAUCGCUUUUGCCGGUCUGACCAGUGAUGCAAGAGUUCUCAGGUGAGCUUGGGCAUGCCGAGCAACGAGACAUUGGGUUCAGGACUGAUGAGGAGGGACGUUUGGUCACGCUCGCAGCAACUACAUGAGGCAAUUGGCGCUAUCUUCUCGAUUGCUUUACAGUCGUCCCCUUCCAGUCUCCCGUCUUAUCUCUUCGCUGGCAGACCGUGCUCAACUGAACACUAUGCAAUACGGCAAGCGACCGUACGGUGUGGGAUUCUUGGUGGCAGGAGUGGACGGAAGUGGCGCACACCUGUACGAAUUUUCGCCCACAGGCAACUGCUUCGAGUACUACGCUAUGGCCUUGGGAGCAAGAUCUCAGAGUGCAAAGACCUACUUGGAGAGGAAGGUGGAUACCUUUGAGGAUUUGAGCAGGGAAGAGGUCAUCAUGGAGGGAUUGUAUGCAUUGCGAGACACGUUGCAACAAGGCAAAGAGGUGAGCCAGGCUGCGCCACGAGUGCUGAGACACGCAAGCUUGGAGCGACGCUGAGCGCAUCAUGCACACGACGCCCACAGCUGGAAUUGGAUGCAGUCUCUCUAUCUAUCGUUGGACCAGGAGCAGAUGCGGAUGCUUCGAAUCCAUCGGCUCGCACGGCCGAGAAGUUCAAGAUCAUCGAGGGAGAAGAUUUGAGACCAUUCUUGGAGAAGCUCUCACCUAGAGCUAAUCCUGCUGUCUCCACGACUACUGGCGCCACACCUGGGGAUGGCACUGGCGCACCCGGCGGUCAAGCUACGGAAGGAGAUGUGACGGCGAUGGAGGAGUAA